UACGGGGGAGCGCGUUUUCCCACCGGACCGUUGAUCCGUCAGCUCCUUGGCGGCGGGCGCCAGCGCAGAGUCGGCCGUCUGCAGCCGGGCCGAUCGAAGGGGCGCUAAGGGGGCGGUGAACUGAUGGAGCACUGGAGCGGUCUGGGGGCCCGGCCCGAGGCGGCUGAGGAAGAGGAAGAGCCCGAGGUGAAGAAGCGGCGACUCCUGUGUUCCGAGUUUGCCUCGGUCGCCAGCUGCGACGCGUCCGUGGCCCAGUGCUACCUGACAGAGAACGACUGGGAGAUGGAAAGAGCCUUGAACUCCUACUUUGAGCCGCCGGUGGAUGAGAGCGCCUUGGAAAGCCGUCCUCAGACUUUCUCUGAGCCAGAAACCUGUGUUGACCUAACUAAUGAAGAAACAACUGAUUCCACUAGUUCUAAAAUCAGCCCACCUGGAAAUAUUCAGCCAGAAGAUGGCAGUGUGUUCUCUUUCAUUACCUGGAAUAUUGACGGAUUGGAUCUAAACAAUCUGCCAGAGAGGGCUCGAGGCGUGUGUUCCUAUUUAACUUUGUACAGCCCAGAUGUGGUAUUUCUACAAGAAGUUAUUCCUCCAUACUGUAGCUACCUAAGGAAGAGAGCAAGUAGCUAUGAAAUUAUUACAGGUAAUGAAGAAGGAUAUUUCACAGCUAUCAUGUUGAAGAAAUCGAGAGUGAAAUUAAAAAGCCAAGAGAUUAUUCCUUUUCCAAGCACCAAAAUGAUGAGAAACCUUUUGUGUGUGCAUGUGAGUGUGUCGGGCAAUGAAAUUUACCUUAUGACUUCGCAUUUGGAGAGCACCAGAGGGCAUGCUAAGGAACGAAUCAAUCAGUUACAAGCAGUUCUGAAGAAAAUGCAAGAGGCUCCCGCGUCAGAUACAGUUAUAUUUGCAGGAGAUACAAAUUUAAGGGAUCAAGAAGUUACCAAAUGUGGUGGUUUACCCAACAACAUUUUGGAUGUCUGGGAGUUUUUGGGCAAACCUGAGCAUUGCCGGUAUACAUGGGAUACCCAAAUGAACUCUAAUCUGGGAAUACCCAGUACUUGUAAGCUUCGUUUCGAUCGAAUAUUUUUCAGAGCAGCAGCAGAAGAGGGCCACAUUAUUCCCCGAAGUUUGGACCUACUUGGGCUGGAAAAACUGGACUGUGGCAGAUUUCCCAGUGAUCAUUGGGGUCUGCUGUGCAAUUUAGAUAUAAUAUUGUGAAAUGCUUUUCAAAUACGAGUUUUAAAUGUACUGUGUAGUUUUGUUAUGGAUCUUUGCAAAUGUAAUUUGUACCUGUCUGGAAAGGUAGGUUUAAUAUGGAGGAGUUAGUUUACUGGAUCAUUGUAACAGAAGAAAAAAUGACUCCGAAUUUGUUUAUUGUGUCUUCAGAUUUUGGAACUUAUAUAUUAUUGUCUAUUUAAACUAAGGCAUGCCUGUUUUCAGAAUAAGAGGCCUCUUAAUGAAAGGACACAAAGCUUAUGGGAGCUUUUAGCGGUGCUCAUUGCUGUCAGCUGGGUUCCAAGCGGGGGCCAACAUUGUCUCCAGGCGAGACUUCACACUUGAUUUGUUUUUUCAAUCAGGAACCAAAAUAGUUAAUAUUGUAAAUAAGUCUUCAGGGGAAAAAAAAAAAAAAAAAAAAAUCAGUGUCACGAGGAAUUACUGAGUCCUUGGGACUAGGUCUUUUAAUUACAUUUGGCAAAUUCAGACAGUCUUAAAUGAAAAAGCCACGGUCAUCUCUUGACGACAGUCCUACAUCAGACUUUAUUUUUGUCAGCUCACAGUGCAUAAUUGGUAAGCUGUAAAUGAAACCUUAUGCUUUAAAAUUCCUUGUCCUUUUUUAUUCAUGUUUAUAGUUAUGUCACCAACAGAAGCAAAGUUAGGCUUGAUAAUGAUUAAAGUCAGUUUUAUAGGGGCAUUGUACUGGUGUUCUAAGAGAAAAAUAAAUGUGUAAAGAGACAUAGCCUUAGUUUUGCCACUCAUAAAAUUGAAUUAUUUUGCAGGAGGUGAAUAGUAGGUACUUUAAAUGUGCUUUAAAGAAACAUUUAUUUCCACCAGAGAAAUUUGCUUUUAAAAAACGAUUUCACUUGUUUGGCCUGUUUUAGUAGGCCUUUGUGACUCUGAUGGGAUUAAAGUUUUUACCUGCUUUGUGUUUUCUAACUCCACUGCUGCUGUGUGGAAAAUAGCUUUCCAUGUUGCAUCUCACCCUGUCAAGAAUUACCAAGAGUAUAUGAGCUUCCUCAGUAUAGAAAAAAAAGAAAGCCGGUGGGAAUAGUUAGAAUGAGAAGUGCCAAAUUAACAACUAAAACACGUAAAAGAAACAAGCUAAAUUUAUACAUGAUGUUCCCUUUGUAGUGACAAUUUGAAGGAAUUUUAUCUAUUAAUCGUUGUUUUAAUCAUUAAAAAUAGUGAGAAUUACCGCUAAUAUUUUGGUAACAUGCAUUAUGAAGGUAAUAAAUAAAAUAUGCAGUGGUAUAUUAUAUCAAAUAAAAAAUUAUCAGAUUGUUUAACGAA